CCCGUUCUCUCUCCCUGGCAGCCUUCUUGCAUGGAGGUUUCCCAAAGGUGACCUGACCAAAGCCAAAUCAGAGCAGCUUCUGCUGGCCCAGAGGGAGGGGCCUCUACCCCUCCCUCCAUGGCACUUGGGUAUGUCCCCUGAGGACGCCCCUGUCCACGAGCUCUGUCCCCACCCGACUGGCGCUUGGCGAGAGCUCGCCAGCCUCUUGCUGCUGGCAAGGCCUCUCCUGGCCUCCGAGAGGGGUCAGCGUCCUGCUUGCCCUGCCCCAGCCUGGGCUCCCGGCCCAUGAGUUGACCAACAAUAAUAGCCACUGGAUUAACAUAGCAGGCAUUGUCUUCCUCUGACCACAGCGUGGGUAUUAGGUGUUCAUCCAUCACCCUAAAAAUAGCCAGUAAACAGGUGCAGCCCCUGCACACCAGCCCCCUGGAUGCUGUUGGCAUACGUGGCUGGUGACAGAGGGUGGGUCAGGGGAGAGAGGGAGUUAGUUUCACCAGGUUCCAGGCACGGGGUGUGGGGCGCCGUUUGGAACCUGGGAAACCCAUCAGGAGAGGGUGCAGAGCUUCUGUGGACCCUCAGACGCCACGAGCUUGAAGGUCAGCUCAGCCCCAGGACCCUCACUGGACCCCCUCAGCACUGUUUACCUCCAGGUCCGGGCGUCUCCCGGGUGCACGUGUACCAGAGCCUCAGAAGAUGUCCGAACGUCAAGCCUUUUGCCCUCUUGGAGCCUGGGCUGCGGGACCUGGUUUCCACAUUCUCUUGCGAGAGACGCAGGGCCAGCAAGACGGCCCCCCUUCCCCCGGGGCCUCCCGGGGCCCUGGCCCCAUCCCUGCUCGGAGCCCCAUCUCGUCUGCUGUCCACUCCCCCUUUCCGGGGCUGCCGUCCCCUAGGUGGUGGCCGCUGUGUGCACAGGCUCCGUGUCCUCCUGAGCCUGGCACGCGUGUGUCUCCAAGCCCGCUGGCUGCCGUGCGAGCUGCGGUGUCCCCUUCCUGAGUCUGCGGUCAACCACGAGGCGAGACCAUCUCACCCACGGAGGCCCGGGAAGCUCGCUUGGCGCCCUUUGCCGUCUGCACAGUGGACAGAGCAGGUGCCGCCCCGCCCCGCCGCCAUCAUGCCGGAAGUCUCCUCUGUGGACCGGAGAAAACCCAAGAUUACUGCCUCCCGCAAACUCCUGCUGAAGGUGGGGGACGAGGGGCCCCGCUCAGUGCACUCUGUCCUGCGCAGAGCCUGA